CCCACCCCCCAGGCCGGAGGCCGAGGCCUGGGCCCCUCGCCCCACCGCUCGGGCUGCCCACGCUCGGGGUGGGAGCGUGCCCCCGGAGCCCCCGUCGGCUGUGCGUCCCCUCCCUAUCACCGCAUUACAGUGCUGGGUGCUAACUGUUCCUUGAAGGCCGGGUUCUUGUCUGUGGGACGACGCGGUGGCCCCGGGGCCUUCCAGAGUGCCUGAGCCACUUGAAAACGUUCGAGGAUGUUUGGACAAGUCAACCUGAUUUGACUUUCAGUUGGUUUGUGGCUGCGUUUUGUCUUGAGGUCCUGGGAUUGAGUUUAGAGUCUUGUAUGCACUAGGCUCUACCGGCAGAAGGCAGCUCUGCUUCCCUGCAGCCAUGAAGCCUGUGCUGAGCCUGUACCUGCUGGGCGUGGUGCUGACGCUGCUGUCCAUCUUCGUCAGGCUGAUGGAGUCCCUGGGCGGCAUGCUGGAGAGCCCUUUGUCUGGGAGCCCCUGGAUCUUGAGGGGCCAGCUGGCCAGCACGGAGCCCCCCGAGAGUCUUCCAGACCACUCAUCCAGAGGGGUGCAGUAAACCUCCUCCUGAUUCAGCGGUUCUCUGCCACCCACACCAGCGUGUCCAACCACGAGUCCGUUUUCCAAGAGGCAGAGUCUCCCGAGAACUGUUGCUAGGCCUGGGGCCUGUUGAGGAUGCUCCGGACCCUGGAAAAGAGCCUCGUUAAGGCAAAGGUGUGAGUGGGUGGCUGUGGCUCUGAGAUGGAGGUGGACCAGCUGCGGCUGCUGGGAAAUCCAUUGUUUCUUUGUUUGUUUUUCCAGCCCCGAAGGACUCUUUUGGACAUAAAUAUCUUCUGGGUUGUUGGCUAAGGAGUCUCUUCCGUGAGAGCUGCUCAGACAGCAGUUAAGGGGUUAGGGUGGGCUCUGAGGAGACGUUGGAAUAUGCAGAGUCUGGGUCUCAGGUGUAUACGUUUGGGUCUUCCUCCAGAGUGCACGCGUGCUCGUAUGUAAUGUGUACAGGGGGCUGUGGGAUGACGGGGCUCUGGGUUGGGUGUUUCGGCCACUGUGUGGCCUAAAUUAAUUUUUCUAAUGCAAUAAAUGUAAAUUAUAUAUUUUCAGUAUGUGUCAAAUAAAUGUAAAUAUAUAUAUUUUCA